AUUUAAUAUAGAAAGGAAACCAAAACAUUCACAUUGAAUCCUACGAGGCUUGUGAGCCGUAGUGAUGGUCCUAUUCGGGUAUCUAACAUUACCCGGAAGACUUCCCUCCGCGGACGAUUAUAAUGCCGUCUAGCACACCGAGUAACGUUCGUAGGUCUAUGUCUAUAUCUUUUUGUUUUCGGUUCUUUCGAGAAGUCUCGAUUAUGUAUUUUUCAUCAGAUUCGGAUUUCGACCCAGGUCAUGAUGAUGUUGCCUUUGCUUGUUUUGUAUGCAGCCACCGUGCUAGCAUCUCCUCUCCGUCGCGCCGCGAAGCUUUCUCCGGUCACGCGUAACGGAACUAGCUUGUUAGUUGACGGAAAGGUCUGGAAAGCAGUUGGUCCAAAUGUCUACUGGCUGGGUCUCGAUGAGAAUGUUACGCCACCGGCAGGACAGCCUUUUUAUGCUCCUACUAAAGCCAGCUACCCUACUAAGGAGCGUGUCACUGAAGUCAUGGCUACAGUUCAAGCCCUUGGGGGUACCAUGAUUCGUGGGCACACAUUGGGCGUUAGUGUUGGAAACCCUCUAAGUGUUUGGCCUGAGCCGGGGAAAGUCAACGAACAAGCCUUUGACUCUAUCGACUGGGCUGUCUAUCAGGCAGGCAUAUACGGCGUCAGGUUACUGAUACCAUUAGUAGACAACUAUGAUUACUACCAUGGAGGAAAAUACAACUUUCUUCGUUGGGGAGGCUUCGAUCUUAAUCAGAGGAGGGACGAGAAAAAUCCCUUAGUCCAGCAAUUCUACACAAAUGCUACUAUCGUUGCGACAUUUAAGGAUUAUAUCAAGACGAUAAUUACCCAUAGGAACCAGUAUACCAAUCUCACAUUCGCCGAAGACCCCACGAUAUUCGCAUACGAGACUGGAAAUGAACUUCUCGGUCCUAUAUGGGGUGACAUGAACUCACCGGCAGACUGGGUCCAGGACAUUGCGAAAUAUGUAAAGAGUCUUGCUCCCCAGAAGCUCAUGGUUGACGGGACAUAUGGCAUCAACAAAACCCACUUAGGCAUCGAGGAAAUAGACAUUUUCUCUGACCACAUGUAUCCUGUUGACACGGCCAAACUCCAAAAUGACAUCCAGGUCGUCAAAGCCGCAGGCAGGCCCUUCUUCGCGGGUGAGUACGAUUGGGUAGGUGGAAAUACCGCCAACCUACAGUCCAUGUUCAAGAUUAUUGAAGAGAGCCCCACUGUGGCCGGCGACACUUUCUGGAGUCAGUUUGGACAUAAUGCCCCUGACUGCAAUACUUAUGUAGAUCAUAGCGAUGGCCUCGCCUUACAAUAUGGUAACCCAAAAAAUACGGCAAAUCAGAACAGUCGUAUUCAACUCAUUAGGAAGCACUUCAUUGCCAUGAGCCAGGGCAAAGAGAUCGCGCCUGAUGAGGCUUUACCAGCCGUGCCAUGCCCGGCACCUACAUCACCAUCGUUUCGUUAGGGAUACUAUGAUAAAAUUAGCACGGUUGGUUGAUAGGCGUAGCAUUAAAAACAAAGAGCCUGGCUUUAACAAGAAAGCGACAGCAUCAGA